AUGAGUUCAAGACGGGCUGCAUCGUGGGGCUGCGGGAGGCAGGGUAGUUCUAUUGUCAUACUGUAUGCCACACCAUUAAUAUGGACACCAACACUGCCUGUUGCUGGUGGCUAUGGAUACAGGAAGGGGCGGUACGGGCAAGGGGCGGUGCGGGCAAGGGGCGGUGCGGGCAAGGGGCGGUGCGGGCAAGGGGCGGUGCGGGCAAGGGGCGGUGCGGGCAAGGGGCGGUGCGGGCAAGGGGCGGUGCGGGCAAGGGGCGGUGCGGGCAAGGGGCGGUGCGGGCAAGGGGCGGUGCGGGCAAGGGGCGGUGCGGGCAAGGGGCGGUGCGGGCAAGGGGCGGUGCGGGCAAGGGGCGGUGCGGGCAAGGGGCGGUGCGGGCAAGGGGCGGUGCGGGCAAGGGGCGGUGCGGGCAAGGGGCGGUGCGGGCAAGGGGCGGUGCGGGCAAGGGGCGGUGCGGGCAAGGGGCGGUGCGGGCAAGGGGCGGUGCGGGCAAGGGGCGGUGCGGGCAAGGGGCGGUGCGGGCAAGGGGCGGUGCGGGCAAGGGGCGGUGCGGGCAAGGGGCGGUGCGGGCAAGGGGCGGUGCGGGCAAGGGGCGGUGCGGGCAAGGGGCGGUGCGGGCAAGGGGCGGUGCGGGCAAGGGGCGGUGCGGGCAAGGGGCGGUGCGGGCAAGGGGCGGUGCGGGCAAGGGGCGGUGCGGGCAAGGGGCGGUGCGGGCAAGGGGCGGUGCGGGCAAGGGGCGGUGCGGGCAAGGGGCGGUGCGGGCAAGGGGCGGUGCGGGCAAGGGGCGGUGCGGGCAAGGGGCGGUGCGGGCAAGGGGCGGUGCGGGCAAGGGGCGGUGCGGGCAAGGGGCGGUGCGGGCAAGGGGCGGUGCGGGCAAGGGGCGGUGCGGGCAAGGGGCGGUGCGGGCAAGGGGCGGUGCGGGCAAGGGGCGGUGCGGGCAAGGGGCGGUGCGGGCAAGGGGCGGUGCGGGCAAGGGGCGGUGCGGGCAAGGGGCGGUGCGGGCAAGGGGCGGUGCGGGCAAGGGGCGGUGCGGGCAAGGGGCGGUGCGGGCAAGGGGCGGUGCGGGCAAGGGGCGGUGCGGGCAAGGGGCGGUGCGGGCAAGGGGCGGUGCGGGCAAGGGGCGGUGCGGGCAAGGGGCGGUGCGGGCAAGGGGCGGUGCGGGCAAGGGGCGGUGCGGGCAAGGGGCGGUGCGGGCAAGGGGCGGUGCGGGCAAGGGGCGGUGCGGGCAAGGGGCGGUGCGGGCAAGGGGCGGUGCGGGCAAGGGGCGGUGCGGGCAAGGGGCGGUGCGGGCAAGGGGCGGUGCGGGCAAGGGGCGGUGCGGGCAAGGGGCGGUGCGGGCAAGGGGCGGUGCGGGCAAGGGGCGGUGCGGGCAAGGGGCGGUGCGGGCAAGGGGCGGUGCGGGCAAGGGGCGGUGCGGGCAAGGGGCGGUGCGGGCAAGGGGCGGUGCGGGCAAGGGGCGGUGCGGGCAAGGGGCGGUGCGGGCAAGGGGCGGUGCGGGCAAGGGGCGGUGCGGGCAAGGGGCGGUGCGGGCAAGGGGCGGUGCGGGCAAGGGGCGGUGCGGGCAAGGGGCGGUGCGGGCAAGGGGCGGUGCGGGCAAGGGGCGGUGCGGGCAAGGGGCGGUGCGGGCAAGGGGCGGUGCGGGCAAGGGGCGGUGCGGGCAAGGGGCGGUGCGGGCAAGGGGCGGUGCGGGCAAGGGGCGGUGCGGGCAAGGGGCGGUGCGGGCAAGGGGCGGUGCGGGCAAGGGGCGGUGCGGGCAAGGGGCGGUGCGGGCAAGGGGCGGUGCGGGCAAGGGGCGGUGCGGGCAAGGGGCGGUGCGGGCAAGGGGCGGUGCGGGCAAGGGGCGGUGCGGGCAAGGGGCGGUGCGGGCAAGGGGCGGUGCGGGCAAGGGGCGGUGCGGGCAAGGGGCGGUGCGGGCAAGGGGCGGUGCGGGCAAGGGGCGGUGCGGGCAAGGGGCGGUGCGGGCAAGGGGCGGUGCGGGCAAGGGGCGGUGCGGGCAAGGGGCGGUACGGGCAAGGGGCGGUACGGGCAAGGGGCGGUACGGGCAAGGGGCGGUACGGGCAAGGGGCGGUACGGGCAAGGGGCGGUACGGGCAAGGGGCGGUACGGGCAAGGGGCGGUACGGGCAAGGGGCGGUACGGGCAAGGGGCGGUACGGGGAAAGGGCGGUACGGGGAAAGGGCGGUACGGGGAAAGGGCGGUGCAGGGAAAGAUUAGUACAGGUUAAGAGCAGUGCAGGGAAAGAUGAGUACAGGGAAAGAGCAGUGCAGGGAAAGAGCAGUGCAGGGAAAGAGCAGUGCAGGGAAAGAGCAGUGCAGGGAAAGAGCAGUGCAGGGAAAGAGCAGUGCAGGGAAAGAGCAGUGCAGGGAAAGAGCAGUGCAGGGAAAGAGCAGUGCAGGGAAAGAGCAGUGCAGGGAAAGAGCAGUGCAGGGAAAGAGCAGUGCAGGGAAAGAGCAGUGCAGGGAAAGAGCAGUGCAGGGAAAGAGCAGUGCAGGGAAAGAGCAGUGCAGGGAAAGAGCAGUGCAGGGAAAGAGCAGUGCAGGGAAAGAGCAGUGCAGGGAAAGAGCAGUGCAGGGAAAGAGCAGUGCAGGGAAAGAACAGUGCAGGGAAAGAGCAGUGCAGGGAAAGAGCAGUGCAGGGAAAGAGCAGUGCAGGGAAAGAGCAGUGCAGGGAAAGAGCAGUGCAGGGAAAGAGCAGUACAUGAGAGAAUAUUCCUACAAGCAAACCCAACACAAAUGAGCUUCAAGAGCCCAUGGAGGCACAAGACAUCUCCCCAAGAGAGUGCAGCUAUGACAGGAGCAGCUGGCAGCGCUGGCUCCGAACUGUCUGAAGCAUCACACGCCAUAAGCACACAGUUCUGUGACGUCAUGACUAGUAUGCGAGUCCUGGAAGUGCGACAGUUGGGUCCGGUGGAAUGGGGGCGCCGUCUGGAGCUCGACGGGGAAACUGUUACAGUAACUGGCACAGGAGUAGGACUGCCUUGA